AGACAAGACGGGGGAGUCGGAGUGAGACCAUAGCGACGGGGGACAAAGAAGAGGAUAGUCCAGGUGAGCUUCGCGCACCACCUGAAUCACAACUCUACAUAUCUUCAAUUGGCCCUAUAUUGUUUUCAAAGAUGUAGAACCAGUGAGAUACAGAUUACUCACUGGAGUUAGGGAUUAGUAUCAAUAUAUUGUUUGAGCAAUUGGUUGAUGGAGAGACAGCCGUUUAUCUCAAGAUGGGAUAGGCAAAAGCGGCGGCUCCGCCUUGAGAGGCGUGGAGGUCUCUUAUCGCAAAGCCGGAUCUUUGCUCCUAAACUUAAAGGGUUCAGUUCUAGGAAACAGAUCUUCCGCUAUCUUCUCAUUAGCAUCGCUGUCAUUGCCAUUCUUCCACCUCUCUAUUUUCACUUCAAACUCCGCCGCUUCAUUCAGGUUCAAGAACAAAAAUGCAGUUGGUUGAGAAAUCCUCCUCUGAUCUGCGCUCAUGGAGGUGAUUCGUCAAAGGCCUUUCCUAACACUAAAACAGCAUACCAGAUUGCUUUGAGUUCUCAGGUAGACUGUAUCGAAGUUGAUGUUUCUCGUUCUUCUGAUGGAUUUUUGUUUGCCUUGCAUGACAGGGAUUUGCAACGAAUAUCUGGGAACAACACAUCCAAGGUUGGGUACUUGAGCUCAAGAGAGAUUAAAGAGCUUGUCCCAAGUUCUGAGCUUCAACAGAAAUAUCAUGAUCUAACGGUGCCUACACUUGAAGAUGCACUAAAGCUCAUUUCAGGCUCAGUGCGACAAGUAGUUUUAGAUGUAAAAGUGGGUCCUCCUUUAUUUGAAAAAGGACUUGCUGGUGAUGUUGUUUCUUCUUACAAAAAAUUUGGGUUCCAGAAUUGCACUGUAUGGGCCAAAAGUGACAACAUUCCAAGAGAUGUGCUGAACCUUGCACCAGAUGCCACGGUGGGUUACAUUGUCAUGAUGGACCCUUCAACUGGAACUAGAACGCCAUUGCUGAGGAUGAGAGGUGCGGGGGUGGUUGGCGUCUACCAUCAUUUAAUUGAUGAGAAGCUUGUGAAACUUUUGCAUGGGAGAAACAAAAAGGUGUACUCGUGGACGGUUGAUGAUGAAGUAUCCAUGAAGGAAAUGUUAAUCAAACGCGUAGAUGCUAUCGUUACUAGCAACCCCUCUAUGCUAAAGCGUGUCAUGCAAGACGCACGGAUGCAAUGCCUUGAGAACGGUUUUUCUUUGUCUGCAUGAAGGACAGAUAGACACAAAGAGCAGAUUACAAAUUUUGCUGUUCCAUUAUUUGCUCCCUUAUUCAGUUUUGGGAUGCUAAACUCUUUUGUGUGUGCUGUCUACCGAUUGGCGACUGAUUGCCACAAUGUCUAUAUUCAUUCAACUUUUGAUGUUUAACAAAAAUUAUAAUGGUCAGUUAAAUUUGACUAAAUAUCCCGUCCCUUGGAAAAGUCCUAACUAAUCGAGGUACAAUUUGAAAGUUUUUAAUCGAAGAUCUAAAUUCUAAACAGAUGUGAUGUCGAUGACGAUGGCCUUCAUCACCCGUCUCCUUCAGGCGGCGAUAAGGGUUGCAGCAUUUCAGACUCCGGCACUGCCAAACACGGCCUAACAGCAGAUCUCAGAACAAUAUAAUGGAGUAAUAUAAUAUAAUAUUAAUAACACAAAGGCAAGUUCAAGAUAUGAGCUUGAAUUGGUUUCUUGAGGAGUAAAAACUUGAGCUUUAUACAGACCCUUUUGGUUCAUUGCCACUCCUAAGCGCAGAUUAGAGACCUGAUGAUGCAAAAGUGUGAAUCUUCAAAGGAGAGCAGUUCAUUGACGGGGAGGAUUGCUCACAAUAUAUGCAUAUGAAUUACUCCUAAAAAUGUUAUAUUAAUUAUACAUAUUAAUGAGGAUGAUGAGAGGGUGCUAAGAAAUAUUGGAAGCUUAG